GGUUCGUUCAUUUGUUUUCCGCUGUUCGCGAGAUUUAGUAGCGCACCCGACGCCAUCUCACGUCCAUCGGAUCUCUCGCCUUCGUUAUUCGUGGUUCCAAAAGCCUCUAUCCAGGUCCGGUUCUAUUAGUUUUUUAUUUCGCACCAAACCACCCUCUGUGCGUGCGUGUGUGUAAGUGUGUGUAAGUGUGUUCUUUUCACCUCUUUCUUUAUCCGGUUGGUGGUGUGUUUUUUGUUGUUGCUCGUUUGUUGGUUGGUUGUUCGGUUCAGUGAAGUUCUGUUCAGUGUGCAGUAGCGAGAGAAGCGAACGGCUACUGUACACCAUCGUCUGCGUGCGUGUCCACUAUAUCCCGCUAUCACUCCCGGGUCCCGAGCCCCGAGCUGAGUGCUGUGUGAGGUGUGGUGUUAGGUGUGUGCGAAAGCAGGUACGCAUUGUCGAAGUUCCGUGAAGAUUGACGUAUUGCUUGUAGAACAUUAGACGAUUGCCUGAACGUGUGUGUGUGUGAGAGGACAGGAGAGGAAAAGAAAGCCUUUCAAAGUUCGUCAAUUUCGUGGCGGACGCGACCUCAUCACCUUGGGUGAUUAGAGACGAGCGAAGCACGGAAGAUAGCAGAAGGCGUGGUGUGUGUGUGUCCAGCUUAGAGCCUCAGAAGAGACGUCCGUAAAGCGAAGAUCAGCAGAGCAGCGCGAGAAGAUCAUGCAGUGCGGCGUUGAAACCAUGAACGAUUGCGAGCGAUCCCCCGGCCGCACCGGUCUGCGCGUCAACUUCACCGAGAAGGGCGAGGUCAAGGAGCGCCGCGAGAAGUUCCUCACAGCCAAGUACGGUUCGCACCAGAUGAGCCUGAUCCGGAAGCGGCUAGCGGUGGAGAUGUGGCUGUACGACGAGCUGCAGAAACUGUUCGACCCACCCACAGAAGCUAUUGACGUGGACAUCGACGAGAUUCUAGACAUGGACACCGAUGACAUAAGAAGAUCGCAUUUGUUCAGCCUGCUUUCCGCAUGCAAACGACCACCGCAAGACAUAUCGAAAUUCAUUAGCGAUCUUUUGGACAGGGCCAAAACACUCUGAGCUGGACUGGUCAUUUCAGUUUAAAUGUAGCGUUUAAUUAAUUAAUUUAAUGUAUUAUCAUUUAACGACACCACCACCACCACCCGACCCGUACUGCUACUGCUGCUGCUAUAGCUGCUACCGAGGCACAACAACAAGGACUCCCAACUGGCAGACGAUCCUGUGAUUCCGACAAAACUAAACCAACGGCGGGACGGACGGACGGGGGGGCUGUUGGUCCGAUUGAUCUAAGCUUUAUUAGCCGCGGGCGCUUUUAGCCCCAGUUGCAUGAUUGGGAGCAUUACAUGCUCAUUAGCAUUGUGUAAGUCAGAGAAUGGAAAAAACAACCCCCCCCCCCCUCUUCGCCAUCCUAGCCUUUCUCCCCCCAAACCCCUAUAAUUUGGCACACCGCAUCCGAAUACACCGUUUGGGAAAAUGCGCCAUGCAUUUGGUGGUGUGAAACAAAAAGUGCACGGAAAAAGUCUUUCGUUUUACAACACGCCAACCCAGCUUAGGAUCAAACAAUAGGAGAUAAAGCAAAAAACAAAACGGUACAGCUUCAUGCGCGCAGCCAAAACAGUUUAGUAGAGAGGGUGGGCGAAAGGAAAACAGAACAAAAAAAGAAGAAAUAUGGUAGGAUAAUAGCAUGGGCGAAGAGAAAGAUUUAAUUUUUCUCCAAAGAAUACUUUAAAACAAGCAACAUAGAUGUAAUCGCAGAGAAACCCCGUUUGCGGAGAAGCGGCGGAAGAGGAAUCCCAUGCUCGGUCGAUAAAUAUGAUAAAAAAAAACAUGGACAAUUGAGACAACCAUAACGAUGAAAAAAAAACAAUAAUAAUGAUCAUAGACGAAGAAGAAGCAGUAGGAACAGAAUACAAAUUAUGAUGUAAGUUUAAACGUAGAAAUUAUAACCGUAAUUCGUUUUUGUAUUUGGUUUAAGUUUACAUCUAGCAUUUAGUUGACAAAGGUUGUUAAGGAAAACUUUAUUUUUUUUUUACUAUAAGAUUAUCUCACUCGAGUUUUAAACCUUCAAAGCAAACAACAACAAUAACAACCACAACGGCAAAACAAAAUGCAAACGAUCCGACAAUUUUUAAUGUUACACUGCCAAUUAUAAGACCUUCAGGAGCCACAACAAACUCAAGAUCAUCAUACAAACAACAACUGCAAAAAGCUGAACAAUAUCAAUGUCGUCAUAUUGGUUGUUUUGUAACACUAACUCUUCUCAUUCAAAAGUGGCAAGCGGUUGAAGUCUUUUAGUUGAAUUUGAAUUACAUACUUCACACAAGCACACGGUGUCUAUGAACGGCGCAAAACACUCUCUAUCCCAUGCAAACUCUAUCGUAUCACCAGCACAGCACACGCAAUACUAUCUGACGCUUGUAUUUUGCAAAUAGAACAAUUGCUCAAUCAACAAAGAAACUAUGAAAGUAUUACACUUCAAGGAUGUAAAAAGUGUUGAUUAUACAAGCGAAAUUUGGUUGAUUGUUGCUUCGAGGUUGCGCGCAGCGGAGAGCGCCAUCGAAGUAGAGUAAAGAUCUUAAAAGACAGUGAUACAGCGGACGCCAGAACGAUAGCAGAAAUAGGAAAGAAUUGUGUAGACAACGUUGUCGCCCAUGCUUUCAAGUGAUAGUGGGGAUAACACUUAGACAAAAGUAGCUACCAUUUUGAGCGACAACAAACUAUUCAACACAUAACACUAAAUUAGUAGGGAGGAUCGCUGUGCCAGGGGUUGUUGAUGGGCGGCAGUUGUUCUUGCUCUGGCACGUUUUUAUGUAGAGCGCCGCAUUGCUUUAAUAUCGCACCAAUAUACUGCUUUAGAGCGUUGGUUUAGAGGUUUGUGUUUGGUUCGAAGCUGGCGAAACACGUGACAGUCAGCCGGUUCGGUUGACCAUCGUUGACGCCGGAUUGGGCGCUUACCGUGUCGAUCUUAUACUACUCAAUUCAACAAACACAACGUCACAUACUCUCAUCCUCAUAUCACAUCAUAUCUUAAAACAAGCUGUUGUACUAUAACUAUUCGUUUCGCGUAUUCGACUGUUAAAGCCUGUGCAGCUGAGCAUAGCUAUUCCUUUUUCGCAAUCUUAACUAAACGUAGACAGAAUCUUACGAAUUAAUCAUACGUGUGUGUGUGUGUGUUGUUUCCUAGAAUAAUUUUCCUUCUGUAAGGUAUAUCACGCUAGCUAACUAGUGCCGAAACUAUGUGUUUUGCCCAGUAGGAACGACCAUUAUUAGACGAUCACACCCCAAAACCGCCAAACUCAACGUGAACUUAACUUCCUGAACCGAACGUCGUGUCGUAUCUCUGUUUGAGACCGUGGUAGUUGUCAUUUUGUGAGACAGUGUAACUAAAAGGAAAACGGAAUUUAAUUGCACCAUGUUUGCCACAUCCGAUUCAUCCCACAGUGUGUGUGUGUGUGUGUGGCAAGCAUUAACGACACAAGCACAGUUGCCAAAUUGUGCCAUUAUGUUUCCAUAAUGGAAGGAACGAUCUUGUAGCAAACGGACACUUUUACUCGAACUCGUACUCGUGCAAUGUCUUCGGAUGUGUUGCAUUCCUUUUCGUUUCAAUUGCAUUAUCUCAGUGGAUUAUUCUAUAGUUUCUUCUGAAACACGAUAGCCAGCCAAGCCGACCCUAUUUGACGAAUAAAGAUCAUCGUGCAUCAUCAUUAGUUGCAGCUAGCAACUGACCCGUGUUAGCGAAAAAAGGGCGCCACAUCAUAUGCUUUAAGCUCCUACAUGUGAGAUGCCGUCUCCGCAUGAGAAAAGGUUGUGUAGAAACAUAUUGUGUGUCUGUGUCUCUGCGUGCGUGUGCCGUUCGUCGCUCGUAUCGUAAAUGCUUCCAUGUUGAGAGUCCGACAAGUUGCAAUCCUAACACUAAACACAUGAACGCACCAUCUUCCGAUGUUUUGGAUGUUUGUGCUACGACUGGUCAAUGGAACGAUCCUAGGAAAGACAGCCAAUUUAGUUAGAUUAGGAGAGUUAGUGGUAUGUCCAACAGCAAAUAUACAUCCUAACCACUCACACACAUGUACGGACGAUGCGCCUAGAUAAGGAACACAGAACAUGUAAUAAACAUUUACACAAACGUU